AAGAAGUUAUCUAGUUUUAUACAUUAGCCAUGGCGGUCUUGCUAGGAGCUGUGUUUGCAGUUGUAUUCAUAUGUUUGCUGUUUUUUAUCCGGUUAUACAUUGUUGUAAAGACUGGAGCAAAGUAUAAGCCUGGAAACAAAGGUCAGAUCGCUGUUCUUGUCGUUGCAGGAUCAGGCGGUCACACAACAGAGGUCCUGCGGCUGAUGGAGUGCCUGUCUGCAGCCUACACACCUCGACACUAUGUUAUUGCUGACACUGACAGGAUGAGUGAGGAGAAAAUCUGCACAUUUGAAAACUCAAAACAAUGCUCAGACUCUGAGUCACAGUUCACCAUUCAUCGGAUCCCACGGAGCCGGGAGGUGCAUCAGUCCUGGAAUUCCUCUGUUGUGAGCACAUUGAACGCCCUGCGGUACUCCCUUCCACUGGUGUUCAGACUCCGACCGGAUAUGGUGCUGUGUAAUGGUCCAGGGACCUGCAUUCCCCUGUGUGUGGCAGGACUCCUGCUUGGAAUUCUGGGAAUGAAGAAAGUCCUGUUGGUUUAUGUUGAAAGUAUUUGCCGGGUGCAGACGCUGUCGCUCACAGGGAAGAUCCUGUACCCGAUAUCAGACUAUUUCUUUGUGCAGUGGUCUUCCCUGAGGGACAGGUACCCCAAGUCCAUUUUCCUUGGACGAAUAGUGUGAGCCAUCAGUUACAAGGAGCACAAAGAAUGCAUAAAUAUAUGAAUAGGUCUGUUAAAUUCCAUGAAUAAAU